CGGCAGUUGCAGAGUCGCGGGCAGGCGGGGCGAGUCGCAGUCAUGGCGGACGAGGAGUCGAACAACCUGGGAGAGGACGGCCCGAAUUCGGGCGACCCCACCGUCUUCGGCCUGAGGCUGCGGGGCCGGAAGGGCGCGCUCAAGAAGAAGAACGUGUACAACGUGAAGGACCACAAGUUCAUACCGCGCUUCUUCAAGCAGCCGACAUUCUGCAGCCACUGCAAGGAUUUUAUUUGGGGUUUUGGGAAACAAGGUUACCAAUGUCAAGUGUGCAGCUUCGUGGUCCAUAAGAGAUGCCACGAGUACGUGACCUUCACGUGCCCCGGCGCCGACAAGGGAGCGGACUCGGACGCGGAGGUGUCGAAGCACAAGUUCGAGGUGGUCACGUACCUCACGCCGACCUUCUGCGACCAUUGUGGCUCCAUGCUCCACGGAAUCACUCACCAGGGUCUCAGGUGCUCAGCGUGCGACAUGAACGUCCACAAGCGGUGCGUGGAGACGGUGCCCAACCUGUGCGGCUGCGACCACACCGAGAGGCGGGGCCGCAUCGAGCUCAAGAUAACCUGCAUCGGCAACAAGCUGACUGUCGAGGUUCGCCAAGGACGCAACCUAAUUCCAAUGGAUCCAAAUGGGCUGUCAGAUCCAUAUGUCAAGCUCAAACUUAUUCCAGACUCGGACAACGUGAAAAAGAAGUCGAAAACCAUCAAGGCAUGCCUGAACCCUGUCUGGAAUGAGACGCUUACCUUUGAGCUGAAGGCGGAGGACAAGGACCGCCGGCUGCUGAUCGAGAUAUGGGACUGGGACCGCACGUCGCGCAACGACUUCAUGGGCUCGCUGUCGUUCGGCAUCUCGGAGCUGAUCAAGGCGCCCGUCGAGGGCUGGUACAAGCUGCUCACGCAGGAGGAGGGAGAGUUCUACAACGUGCCCGUGCCGGAGGAGGGGGCCGACAUGGCCAGCAUCAAGACACAGAUGAGGAAGACAUCUGUUACCAAGCGAGCCCCGGCGAUGUCGGACAAGGACGUCCCUCACAACAUGAGCAAGAAGGACGUGAUCCGCGCCUCGGACUUCAAUUUCCUGAUGGUGCUCGGCAAAGGGAGCUUCGGCAAGGUGAUGCUGGCGGAGAGGAAAGGAACGGACGAGCUGUACGCCAUCAAGAUCCUGAAGAAGGACAUCAUAAUCCAGGAUGACGACGUGGAGUGCACGAUGGUGGAGAAGCGAGUGCUGGCGCUCUCCAACAAGCCGCCCUUCCUUGUGCAGCUGCACUCCUGCUUCCAGACCAUGGACCGUUUAUACUUUGUGAUGGAAUACGUGAAUGGUGGAGAUCUGAUGUUCCAGAUACAGCAGUGUGGGAAGUUCAAGGAACCAGUUGCUGUGUUCUACGCAUCAGAAAUUGCCAUUGGCUUGUUCUAUCUCCACUUGCGCGGGAUUGUGUACCGGGACUUGAAACUUGACAAUGUUCUCCUGGACCAGGACGGGCACAUAAAGAUUGCGGACUUCGGGAUGUGCAAGGAGGGCAUCACCGGAGACAAAACGACAAAGACUUUCUGCGGUACGCCCGACUACAUUGCUCCCGAGAUAAUCCUGUACCAGCCAUACGGGAAGUCUGUGGACUGGUGGGCUUACGGAGUGCUCUUGUACGAGAUGCUGGUUGGUCAGCCGCCCUUUGACGGUGAGGAUGAGGAGGAACUGUUCGCGGCCAUCACCGACCACAAUGUUUCCUAUCCAAAGAGUCUGUCCAAGGAAGCCAAAGAGUGCUGCAAAGGGUUCUUGACGAAGAACCCCACCAAGCGUCUGGGCUGUGGGCCGAGGGGGGAGGAAGAUGUGAGGGGCCACGCGUUCUACCGCCGUAUCGACUGGGAGAAGAUCGAGAACCGAGAGGUGCAGCCGCCAUUCAAGCCAAAAAUCAAACACCGCCGUGAUGUCAGCAACUUCGACAAGCAGUUCACGUCGGAGAAGACUGACCUUACACCGACUGACAAGCUGUUCAUGAUGAACCUUGACCAGACUGAGUUCAUGGGCUUCUCUUUCCUCAACCCGGAGUUCGUACAGCACGUCUAGUGCGCCUGUUUGCAGGCAGGAAGGCGAGACGGGCGCAGGCAUGCGGACAGAGCUCUCGGCAGGUGCCCGGUGGACGGGCGCGCGUGCCGGCGUGGGCCUCUCUGUCCCUCUCUUCUCCUGCAGACCUCCUCCACCAGCUCACCUGCCGCUCCAAGGCCACGUUGCGCCCUCGAUCGCUCCGUCGAGGGGGGAGGGGGAAGGGGAGCGUCCCGGAAGCAGCACACUUCCACUCUCGCGGCGCUCCGGGUUGGCUUGGUCGUCUCCAAGACCAUGCGGUGCUCUUCACAUGCUCCACGUUGUGGACGUUACUUUAUCUUUCAUUUCAGUCAUUUUAACUAAAAAUAAAUUACAUUUUAUAUGUAUGUAUAUGUAUGUUUUGAAGCCUUUGCUUAGAAUUUUUUAUCAGUAUUUUUUUUGACUAAGGAUAGCAACUUUUAGUUUUAUUUUUAGAAUCUCAUUUUAAGGUAGUUAUAUAUAUAUAUGUGAAUAAUUUUGUGUUUUUAAAAUUUAAUAUGUUUCGUUCUUUAAAGAUCUAUUUUUCGUACAAUAUUCGGUAAAGCUGGAAGUCUUUACUACUUCCACUUGCCAACUGUGGGGUAGGUUAUUAUUUUUGAGACAGUUGGCGUAACGUGGCUAAUACCAUAAUUUUAAAAUUAAAGAAUUGCAUUGACCGUUUUCCUGAUAUAUGGUGCCUCUCGUAAACAAUUAUCAUGUCCUUUUGUCUUCUGAACUUUUUAUCUUUGCAUGUUGCAAAUGCUUGUUUUCACAAGAAAUCUCUAGCAUAGUACAACUAGUUUUUAGUAUGAUGAACAUAGAAAAUGUGUUUGUAAGUAUGCGAUGAUGGUGGGUAAUGCUGUAGUGUUAAUUAUGAGCUACAUAAUUCUUGAGAAAGGAGUGAAAAAUGUUGUAUAUGUUUAGAGAUAAUUUAAUGAUAGAUUUAUGAUUUAGAGAAUGUUCUGUAAAUCAGCACUGGAUAUGUAGCUACUCAUUUAAAGUGUUUCUAAUGAAACAGCAUUUAAACAUACUAACAUCCCCAAACGUUUUGUCAAAUUCUAAACUUAUAUUGUGUGUUUUACACCAUUUGUGAUUUUUUCAACAUUCUCUGAAAAAUAUACAAAUAUUCUUGUUAAGGAUGUAGUGAUGAAAAAAAUCAAGUUUAAAUAAUUUUAAUGAAAAAUAACUUUGUAACUGGCAUGAUUCAUUUAUUAUCAUUGUCUAAGUUCUAGAGUGUACUGAUUUUCUCGCCGGAUUACAUUUUAGAAUAUUCCUCUUCAUUUAACUGGCUGCUUGCAUUCAAUAAUGAAGAAACCCUUGCAGGGCAUGAUGAGUCUUCAUUUGGAAGUAUCAUACAGACACAUUUCUAUGAACUGAUUGUCUUUGUAUUCAUGCAAACACAAUCCUUUUACACGGUUCAUAAAUACUAUCAGUUUUAUUAGGUGUUGAAAUGGAAAUAGCAAAAGUUUGGUUAAUAAUUACAUAGAAAAAUUAUUUCCUGCCACUUUUCUCAAGUUGUCCCCAGAUGCAUGUAUUUAUAAAGCCUUAAAAAUCUAUUUUAAUGUGAUUUUUGCAACUCCCGUGAUUCAAUUAAAGUAAUUUUUUUUUUGUUUUAAACAUGUCAUUUUAUUUAAACUUAGGUGUUUAUAUUUUUAUUUUUAAUAACUUUUGAUUAAUUUUUAAUGUGAAACAAAUGCAGUGGUAGUGGAUUUUGUAAAGUUGAUCCUACCUACACAAAGUUUAUUUUGAAUAAACAGAACUGUGCUUAUGAAAUUAGAGUGCAGCGUAAUAGAAUGGUAUUUUAUAUUUCAGCCAGAGAUUUUUAUGGUUAUUUAAAAAUGUUUUUUGAUUCAAAAAAUGUUGAAUUUAAAGAGGUGCAGAGGUAAUAUGUUAGUUUUAAGUGGCUAUAGUGAAACUUCAUUACAAAGGACCUCACUAUAAAGGAUUUCUCAAUUUAAUGUAUAUAUUUUCAGGUCCUAACAAGAUGUUUUACAUUUAGUAGCAGUUCAGUAUAAAGCACUUCAAUUAUUAAGUACCAAAAAAGGUGGGUUUUUUCUGGUACGUUGUAAUGUGAUUUCACUGUAUUAAGUACCAUUUAGUCUUCUUAGUAGUUAAGAUUUUAAUUUGCACCUUGGCAUCAAAGAGAUUUUAAAUAUUUUUAAGUGAAUAUUAAAUUAAAUUGUGUUUUCUUACUCAAAAAUGAUAGAGGCUUUGCAUUUGCAAGACCUGCUGAUUGGUGGUAUUAACUGCUUCUGUCUAUGCUUGUUUUGAUCUUGCAUUAUAGUUAAAAAUGAUGUACGUAGCAGUUUGGUAAAUAGUACAUACAUGAUAAGGGAUGACUUGAAAAUCAUUUAGGCACCCAAAUUUGUUGAUUGUUUUGCUUGACUGCAAAGAUAUUCUCAUAGUAAGCCAAAAUUCAAUUAUGUAAAUUCUAAGUAUGUCUCAUUAUUAUUGCAAUUUUUUUAAAUAGCAUUUUUCGUCCUGCAUUAGACAAAUGUAUGAUACGUAAUCAGAAACCACAAUAGCAAAAACACCAUUAAGAAAUUUAAAUAAAAUGUUAUUGUUCUUUCUAGACGAUACUAAAAUAUUUAAGGUUAUAAGAUUAAUGAGUGUGUUUACUUGAUAAUAUAUUUAUUCUCAAAAACUUGUAAGAUAUUAAGAUGUAGUAUAAAAUCUUUGUAAUGCUAUAGUAUCUUUUGUAUAAAGAACAUGCAUCUUCCUUGAAAUGUAGAUAACAUACUCUUUAUAAAUAAUACGUCAACAUAUUUUAUUCUCGCAAGGCCUAAACUGUAUAUAAUUUGUAUCUCUCUUGCUCCGACUAUUGAUAUGUAUAUAAAAAAUGUUUCUCUAACUUUGUCUUAAAGUUAAUUUAUAAUACAAUGUAUCAAUGUGCAGCGUUCCAAUUCUAAUGUACAGUAUUCGUAGGCAGUCAGUAAUGUAGAUAGUAAUUUAGUAAUUAUAAUAAUAUUUGAAUGUAUGGACCUUCAGUACCAGACAAUAGCAAUGUUAUCUGAAGCUAUCAAAAAAUCCUGCUUUUUAGUAUGAUAAGUAUUUUCAAAUAACAGUAAGAUUUUCAUUUUGACGUGAUAACGUCUUAUAAAUUGAUGAACGCCGGCUGAACGCACGAAAAAUUGUCACGUUCUGCCUGACCCGAGCGUGCAAGAACUGGCCAGCCACCGUGCGAGAAAAUCUUCUAUAACAUCAAACAGGUUAAGGCGGGCUUUUUAACUAAUUGUUCGUGAUUAUAUUUAAACAAAUUAUUUAAAUUAAAUUUGCAAAAACUGUAAAUAAUAUUUGAAAAUUAAAAAGUAUGCAAUUUUUCAUCAAUGUUUUCUUAUGACGUUAUCACGUAAAAUUAUCGUCCGUAACCGACUUUACAAACAACCCCCUUUUUUUUAACAUAUCUAUGUUGAGUUAAAAAUUUAGUUGCUUUUUUUUUUCUUUUCAAGCAAUUAAUUUUAGCCAAUAUAUGCUCAAAUUGUGUAUUUUAUUAAAACUAUCAAUGUGUAACUAGUUUCAAAUUUUAUGAAAAAUGCAAGGAUUGUUGUUGCAUGAAAUCUGAAUGGCAGACAACAUGCAAACGAGUACAGAGAGGUGUGCGUGUAGGUGGCAUAAAAAUGAGGCAUCCCUCCUGCUCCACAAGCAAUUAAAGGAUGAUGCUGUAGAGUUCCCAGCCCUGCAAUUAGUACUAGUAUAUUAGGUAGGUAGACUACAGUUUUACCCUGUUAUUAAUUUCCUGAUCUUAACACCAUUAUUUUACUGUCCCUUGUCCCAGGAUUUUCUUCAUUAAGAGAAAGGCAUACAUUUUGAUGUUUUCAUGUUUCAAAAUUUCCUGCUUUAAAAUUGUAAAAUAAGCUUUAAAAUUGUUCAAAUAUUCAUUAUUUUUACAAAGUUAUUGCCAUAAACCUAAAAACAUACUGUGAUAAAACAUUCUUUGAUUUUAAAUUUAACACCGUAGAAAUUAUUAGUAGGUAUUUUUAGAAGCAGAUAUCUUUAAGCAGAAUUUAAUUAAAUUUAUUUUCUUCUAUUUUCUUCAAACAAAAAUUGAGUAAGUGUCUAAAGGAUUUCAAAAAAAAUUCCAUAAACAAUUAAAAAAACAGUUGGUAAAAAUAAUGUUGAACAUUCUUUAUAAUAUGUUUGUCAGAUAAAUAAUUUUAAAAAUUUAUUUAGAAUAGAGGAAAUGAAAUUUUUGUUUUUGCUUGUAAUAUACUUUUUAUAUAAGCAGUAGUAAUUUUUUUUUCCUUGGAAAAUCUUACAAUGCGGGGGAGAAGGAAUUCAUGUAAAUUGAAUGUGCCACUAAAGAUCAUGCAUGUUUUGACUGGCUCAUGUAGGCUUCUGGGAAUAGUUUUUUAUUUGGAUUGAAUAUCAAAUUACAGUAGAACCCCGAUUAUCCGUGUUAAUGAAGGGGACGUCGAGUAAGUCGGAUAAUCGAAAAUCGCGGUUAGCCGAGUCAUGCUUGCCUCAAAGGUCAUUAGCCCACAGACAGCCAUCUGUGGACAUUCGGAGAUUACAUGUAUACACAUGCUUUGUGUGCGUGUGCGUUGUUGACAUAGAAGCGGACUGCAUAGUGCUGGGCAGCAGUGGUUUGUAAGUCUUUCGUGUGCGGAGACGUGGGCACGCGAGUCGUUGCACCGAGGUGUGUGACUAGCCGCCCGCCAGUCCGAGGGCCCAAGACAGCUGAUAGCUGCCAAGGUCACGCAUUCUUUUCAUCGUCCGUAAGCGACGCUGCCACACUUAGCUCAUUGCUCUGUUGUCAGUAACACCAUCGGGCUGGUUAUUGUUUUACAGAACGACUGCCUUCAAAAUUCUUUUCGAGAUAAGAUUUUUCAUACCAAUGCAUUGAGAUUUGAUUUGAUGGUUUUGAAACGGUGUCUCUGUCUCGUAUAAUUCACGGUGUUUUUAUCCUCCUUUAUUUAUAUGAAUUUUAAAUGUUAGAUUUUUAUUUUUAGUUUGCUGAACGUGGAAUUAGUGCAAAAACGGCCUAUUAUGACUUAGUGUUGCAGAUGGGUCGGAAAUCUUAUAACGACCACCUCUCUAUAACGACCCUAAUCUCGGGAACCGUGAGGGGUCGUUAUAUCUAUUCUCCGUUCACUCUUAGCUGAGUUUUGAAAUAAACAAACACUGUCGUAUCACUGCGCCGCGUCAGCAAGUGAUAGGCUGAAUUUAUCUUGCGUGCCAAGCACUAGUUGCAACACACACACUUCCGUACAGUCGGUGCUCAUAAAAUAACGGAGAAGUGAUAUAACAGGAAAAUGGUUCUUCUGUCAAGCCUAGUUUUUUUAAAAAAUUUACGUCUGCUGUGAUAAAAUUACGCCACUUAAUGGUACACCCUCCGACCUUUUCUGUUGAAACCAUUCAAACAAACAAGUCUCCAAGCUGCUAAAUGUGGAUUCUUUCAUCGUCUUGCGUUUAUUUAAUCCACUUGAAGUGUCAGCCUGUGAAGCAAACUGAAGGAAUUUUUCACGAUUUUUUAUGAUGUCGCGCACUGUUGUGUUACCGACAUUAAACUCAGUCGCAAGUUUGCAAUCAUUUCUCCACUCUGAAAUCUUUCUAUAAUUUUUGUUUUGCUGUCGAUGGACAGUACCACUCGCUUUCUUUUCUGUUCAUUUGAUGACAUGAUGAAAUGUUGCGCUCAACACUUCCGCACAACACAACGGUAUAAUCCGUCGGAAAGCAGAUCACUGUUACAAUACAUAAAAUUAUCACCACCUUCACGCUUCAACAACGUACACUAAUGGAAUGGACUGUCUCCAUGCGCCGGGUAAUCUCUGUGGCACGGCGCCGUGCUGCGCGCGGGAGUGUACAGUCCGGUCAUGCGUAGGUGGAAUCGCGCACUAGUGUAUAAUCUAUUCACGUAACAUGGAACACAAAAAUAUUAUGUACAUACGUAUGUAUGUACUAGUAUUUUUUUAAAAACUUGUGAAUAUAAACAUAACUGAGUCAAAGUACUUUGACCAACAUACAUUUUGCAAAGUAUUUUAACAUUUACAUACAUUUUGAAUAAUUGGUUAUAUGUAACUAAAAAAUUGGACUUGAUGGACAUAAAUCGCGGUUAAUCCGCGAAUCGGAUGAUCGAGUCACGGAUAAUCGGGGUUCUACUCACAAAUAUUGAAUAUUUUAUGAAUCAAAUUUUGACGUAUAGUUACUUCACAGGAGUCCAAGAAAAAUUUUACAAAAAAAAGUAAAAUAAAAAAUAGAUAAUUGUAUGUAAAACCAUUAUUAAUGAGUAUAAAAUCAAAGUAAAUAAAAAAAUUUGGCAUUGAAUUUUCUUAAAGCAAUAAAAUAUUAAGUUUGAAUAUUGUUUGGGUAAGCCAACUGAUUAUAUUCUUGAUAAUAUGAGUGUUUUAAAAAAUUUUUAAUCUAAUUCAUAUAUUGUCACAUAUGAAAUCAAUGUGUGUAUAAUGUUACAGAAAACAAAUAUUAAUUUCUCAUUUAAUUAUCGUAGCUUCAUACAUGUUACAUAUAUUCAGUUAAAUUUUGCUGAAUGUCCUACUUAGUGUAUCUAUUGGUAACAAAUAAUUACACAAUUUUGUUUGAUCUGGAAUGUUGAAUCUAAUAUCAUAUUAUUCAUGAAUAUAGAAUAUUUUCUUGAAUAGUAGCAGUUACUUCACAGGAGUCCAAGAAAAAAUUAUCAAAAAAAAGUAUUAAAUAAAAAAUAGAGACAUAUAUGUAGAACUACUAGUAUCUCGUCACUUCUUGGUUAACGUGUAGAGACGGUGGUAUAUAAAGGUGGGAGAGGGUGGAAUCAGGGAAAUGUGUUGGCAAGUGUCAUGCGGAGACAGAGGAAGGUGGACUAUAGUUACGUAACAACUAACCGAAAACUUCAGUGAUCAUGCCUUUUAUUUCCCAGAACUCUUUUUGCAGAAAGUAAAAGUUUUACUUUCCGUAUUUUACUGUAUAGUUUGCACUAGAAGAUUACAUACAACCUAAGGCUUGUAAUUUAAAUAGAUCUGAGUCAAAAUUAAUUCAGCUUGCAGAUAAAUGCUUUUUGAAUAUCAUCAGUAGUCAAAACAAGAUAUCUCAAAGCACUUGGAAAUGAAACAAAAUUGUAGAGCUAUGCUUGUUUAUAAAUUUUUUAAUUCAUUUAACUAACUUCUGUUGCACCUUCGAUUGUCUGGUACUGUGGGCAAAAGACAAUUAGACUAGUGUUGUCGUGUGAUAAAGACUUCCGAUUAGAACCAUGCAUCUCUGUGUGUUGAGAAAUACUAAGCAACUCUGAAUGCUUCUCUUGUGUUGUUCUCGUGUGAAUUAUUUUUAAUUAAGUCAGAACAUAAUGUUUUGUAGUUUGUAUUUCACUGUUAAUGUUUUUUGCUAAUAUUUUAAUAUGUAUGUGUAGAAUAACAGUUUUUAUUAAUCAUGUCAUGUGUAGGUACUAUAGUUUGUGGCUAUAUUAUCAAUUUGUAUAGGUAGUAAACCAAAUUGAAUGUUGGGACCAAUUUUUUUAUUAGUAAUUUUUGUAUGAGUUCAUAUGAUUUGAUGUGCAGCUGUGCCACACACUAACAUCAAAAAUUUUUUUGCACAGUUAAUUGAUUUUAUUUCUGACAACACCAAGGUGAUAAUUGCUGAUGAAAUUUAAAGAAAAUAAGUUUACAAAACAUAAUUUUUAGUCCCAACUUUAAUCUCAAAGCAAGUUCAAGUUUUAUGUUACUUUAAUGGCUCAAAAAGUUCUGUGGUAGUAAACUUAGCUGUCAGUUACCAGUAUAAAUUGUACAUAAAUGUUUAAAUAAUUUUUAACCAAGCUUAUCAGUACUAGAUUCUUUGCUCAUAAGCUGGAGAAUUUCCUUCGUCAAAAUUUCAAACUUUAUUUUAAAAAUUGCAAUCAUAAUAAUUUAUAAAAAAUUUCAAUUUUACUUCCUCUUUGACUGUUGAAAAAUAUAUUAUUGAUAUAUGUUUUUUUUAAGCCCCAAACUUUUUGUAUAUUGUAAUUUUGUACUUAUGUAUUACAUUUAUUUUAAGAAAAUUGUUAAAGUUAAUUUCUAAAGAUAUACUAAUUCCACAAUUGUUCUGCUGCAUAGGCACAUGCAUAAUUUUUCUUAACUUUACGAUUUGCAGAUUAAAAUUUAUGACCACACUUAUUACUUUCCUGGUAGUUGAAGUUUUUUUCUCUUCUUUCAUAGCUCUUGAUUCAGAGGUUUUAUUAUUAUCGUGAGCCUUGCAGAGCAGCCAGUCAAUAGCUAUAAGUUUUUGUUUGUAGUUUGAAUACUCCAUUUGUUUACUACUGGUCCAUUUAAAAGUUUCAGAACUGUUUAUUUAAGUAAGUUGCACCUGAUAUCUCGUCUAAUGUUUCCUUGUUAUUGUAGUGCACACAUAUUCAAUGAGUCGGAAUGUGUAUUUUGUUGGGUUGUAGCCUAAAAUAUUAGUUUGUGUGAUGUUUUUGUUUUCCUUUAUAGAGUGAUAUGACUUGUAUAACUGUUCAUUUGCAAAAGAAAAGCUAUUAGAACACUCUUGCUAGAAUGCUAUGAGCACCAAGGUGGUAAGACAUCUAGCUAACCCUUUUGUCCAGGAAAACAAAAGGACAGCCUUGUGUUUAAAACCAACUUUACUUCAAUACCACAACUAGGGAUUAUUGAAAUACAGUUAACAGUUUACAAUUUAACAUUCUUGUUGGCCAUGAUGUACAAUAAUGAUUUUUGAAAGUUUUUUUUUUUUGCCAAAAUCUUGUUUAUUUGUCUUUGUAAAAUCAUCCAAAAGAAUUCGUCAAUUGAAUGUUCUUAAAUGCUGAAUAUAUUGCUGGAGAUUUUUAAUCCUGUUGUUUACAUGGUACACUAAUUUAUUUUCACCUAAGUACAUAUGUGUUAUCUAACGAGUCAGGCAUCACAAUAUGAAUGCUGUUUGUUUAUUGGUUUUAUUUAACUCCUGAAAUUUGUCACUGAUCACUUCAAAACAUAGCAAAGUGCUGUGUGCAUGCAAUGUUGCCUAGUCUCAUCGCGUGGCUGUGCCGAAACAGUGGGAGAUUCACCCAGAUUCGCCUCUGGUGUGGAGACAUCUGAUGUCGCCUGCCAACUCAAUGCUCCGAUGUUUGUAGCCAUUGUGCUAGUUCAAUACUUUAUUGGGGAUUUUUAUUCAUUAUUCAAAUUGACGGUCAUAAAUAAAUAAUACUUAAACUUUGUUUGAAAGUAUGGAUAAAACCCUUGUUGAUAACAACAAUUUUGUGAUGAAAUUUUAUUAUUUAACAUAAGUAAAAAGCAGAAUGAAACCUUUCUUUAAAAAACAGUUUUUCUUCCCUUCAUUACCAAAAAUGUCUGGGGUUUCUCAAAUUCUAAAGCUUUAAAAUUAAAACUUCAUGGUCCUACUGUGUGUCGUCAAUCAGGAGAGUUUAAAUGUGAAAUAUUAGAGCAUUGAUUUGUCUCGGGAAAAUUAGUCACUGUGUACUGUAUCUUCUUUCUCUUGGAGCUUUGAAACUCUGUGUUUGGUGGUGUUGCAUCCAGCAUGACUGGAAUCUCACUGAACACAAUCGCACGUGAAUCAAACACCGGUGUUUCUAAACUCUUGUGGCUGACUUUUACAUCCAAAAUACCUUCCUCCCCGCCCCCCACUGUAUGUUUAUUUGAAGAUAGUGGGCUUGUAAUGAAUAUGUGUAACCUCACUACACUUGACAUUUUUUCGUGGCUAUAUUUUUGCUGUGUUGUUUUCAUGUAUCACCUAAAAUUAUUUUUUGCGAAUUUAGCUAACAUCGACUACAAGUGACUAUGCUUAUGCAACUACAUACGUUCUUGUAUUUUCUCACAUCAUAUUACUGGGAGACAAAGUUAAGGGGGUAUUAGGCUCAGCCAUUCAGGAUUUUUGAAUAAUUGACCCUAGUUGGCAAUAGUUUUUCCUUAUUAAUUUUGCUCUACGUGGCAAAGACCUAAUAACUGUUUGAAGUAACACUCCUGGAAUGGGUUAAUUAUUAUAAAAGCUGUAGUCAUCCGUGUGUAAUAUCUGGCAUUUUCUUCCAGUGGUAAAUAUCAGAUUGUAAAAUGGAAUAAAAGCUUGGGAAGAUACGAUUUAUGCCUGUGCCAGUCCAUCACUUUACCAGCCAAAGCAAACAACUCUGUUGCUCUCUCGCUAGAGUACCAAAUGGUAAAAUAUCCUAAUUAUAUGCAAAUUUAUCAAGCCAAAUACUCUUAACACUAGAGAACGGCGCACAUCAAUACUUAUUAGCAAAGGCAAAAAAAAUAUUCUGAGUGUAGAAUUGAGUUAGUAAAUAUGAUAAAUAAUAAAUAUUAAUUUAAUACAGUUACUAGCAUGUUUAAUAAACAAACACGCAGUUACAGAUGGCAUAACAAACACUUUCAACAAAGAUGAUGCGAUAAGUUAAUAGCAAAAUCCAAAAUUUAUAUAUGCUCAGAUAAUAGGCUAAAAGACGAGACAUUUAAACGUAAUUUAAAAUUUAAAAGGCAGCCAGCAGAAUUCAAUUAAACUAUUCCACAUAAAUAGUGGUUACCCAAGAAUGCAUAAAAAUUUAAAAUUAUUAAAAUAUUAAAAAAAUCUUAAAACAAAUAUUUAAAAAUAUUAUGAACAUUAUACUUCAAAAAUAUUGUUAAUCCUGCGUCACUUCAUGAACUAAUGACAGAGGUACAGCAAUGUUGAUUGGAACUAAAUAAGUUAAUUUCUAAACAAAGUAUUUUUCAUAUUCUUUGAAAACAACCAUGGUCUAAUACUUGCACAAAUAUCAUUGACUUGUACAUGUUUGUACUGCCAACUACAUAAAACAUAGCUAAAUCUGUGCAACUUCAUGUAAUAACCAACUUGGUUGAAUAUAUAUAUAACAUAUUGGCCAAGUUUCGGUAAACCCUGCAUAAAAUUGCAGCCAAUUUUUAAACACAGUGUUCCACCAACUAAAAUGUAUAAUCAUUCACUCUUGCAGGACUGGCUAUAGGUAAAAUUGGUAACAUUGAAAUUUUUACCACUCACUAGAUAUUGCACUUCAAGCCAAACCAAUUUGACGUGACUGGGCUGACUAAAAAUAUCCAUGGCCAAAAUUGAUAAAAUGCCACAAAGUUAUUCACGCACUAAAUAACGAACGUAGUGGUUGGAUUAUGAAAUCUUGAUUCCUUCACCAGAAAUAUUAAGGUGGAUCGGGUUGACUUAUUGUUGGUCACAGUGCAGGUCCUGCAGGUAUUUUAGCCCUAUCGGGCGACAGCUUAAGUUCCGUCAUCGUCGCACUAGUCCAGUCGCCGCCAUCAUCCCCAGUCGUGCUCACAUCCAGACCCCCUUCGCGGUGGUCACCACAACUCUCCGCUUGCGGCAAGCAGCACACACCACUUCGACCACUCACAGUCAUCUGCAGUCCUGACAUCACUGCCAUACCCGCACUCUCGUGUCCAGACCAUGAAACAGUAUUUCAAUCUCAAUGAACACACUAUCGGAUGCAGGUUCAAAACUCAGUCGGUGCAAUAACCUACCCACACUAUUUAUUUUAUUUUUUAGUUUUAAAACCUUUAAACUUGAAGGAUAUAGUUAAUUAAAUAAUUAUUAAUUACCUACUUAAAACAAAUGAUAACAAUUAAGACUGUUUAUACAACAAUAAUUUGUUAUUAAUAAUAAUCCAAAGAUACUAAAGCUGGACUGCCUAAAAUAGUAAUAACAUAUAUAUACUUAGUUUUAUUGAUUAUAAAUAAUUUAAAAAAAUUAUCACAACAAAAUAAAAAUCUAUAUUGGUGUGAUCACUGGCCACUAUAAAUAGCUCAAAAUUGAAAUUAUAAGGAAAAAUUUAAAAAAUCCAAGACUUUGUACUUGGCCUUAUGUAAACAAUAAGUGAUAGAACAAAAAAAUUAAACUGUUUUUUGCCUCUUUUAACAGAUGAAUUCUUGAAAAUAUCCAUGAUCAUAAUGCUUGGCUGAACAUAUUAUUAAUAGUAGAUGAUAAUGAACAUAUCUGUCAGCAGGAUUAACUGAAUUUAGCUUUCACUGCAACACAUACAUCACAUUCUCCGUACUAGCACCUUGCCAACUUAUGUUUUUGCUUAUAAUCUGGGGAAAACUUCCAUGAAAGCUCUAAGCGUGGUGGGCCUUUUUUUAUUUUCAUAAUACUAUAUUCAGACAGUGCUUUGUUCUGCGAGAUUUAUCAUUGUGUAUGUGUGCUGUCUGUGCCGAAAGCUGCAAGUGUUCCUAUUUGUAAAAUGUGAGCAACUUAGUUGGAUUCAUGUCCUCGCUGAUAGAUUAGUGCACAACCAAUAUUGGCCACAGUUGAUGCAGCAUUUCUUUAAGUCACGUGUUUGUGUUACGUUGCAACCAAUGAAGAAUGUAACAAGUUGCUGAUGCUGGGGCACAGAUAGCUGGUAUGAAUGUUGGUGUGUGCAACAAUAAAUAAAUGUGUAUAAAUGAAUAUAUUUUAGAUUAAUUGCAUAAAUUUUUAUGAAAUACAUAGACCAUACUUUAAUAGUGCUAGAGAAGUUCUGAUAUUAUACUAUUUAUAUUUUUCUGUUUGACCUCAAUAUUUCCUGUCAGGAAGGAAUUUUCAAGAAAAACUUAUCAUAUUGCUAGUGACAAGAUUAUAUGGUGUAUUGUGAUAAAACCAAAAUAACACCAAAAAGCAUGUUACUACAAUAUGUAACACCAUUAUACACCAUAAUAUCACCGAAAUGCGAGUUAUAUCAUGGAAUUAAGCAGAAUUUAACCAAAAUCCAAUCACAAAAAAAAUUAAUCUUAUAAUUUUUUAAAUUCAAGGAAUAUAAUAUUUUCCUGACAAAAAUUGUACCAAAAUACAUAUAUCAGAUAAAUUACGUUAAUUUGUUUAUCAGAUGAAUUAAUUUAAUUUGUGUUAUUGUGCAUCUCUUAUUGAAUCACUCUUAAACCAUAAAUUCUCAACAAAUUAUUUAAAUGCAGUAAACCAAUACACUAUUUUGGUGUAGUAAGUAUUACAAAACAGGUUUUAUAUAAAAAAAAACACAGAAAUCUUUUUUAGAAAACAAAUUGGACUAAAAUAAAACCAUAAAAUCUUGUCUAUAUAAUGCAUUACAUAUGUACGUAGUGUUUAUAGUCUAUGGUUUUCAGUUGACUACAUGGUAAUGUUUCAAUGUUUGAGGAGGUGCCUGACUUGAUUCAGCCAUACUAACAGUUUGUAAUUCUCAUUGAUUGCAUGAACUAUAGCUUUUUCGAUUAUUACCAUAUUUCUCCACAUCAGUAUUCUGUACUGAAUCGUGAAUGCAAUUUAAAAUCUUGGAAGCCUACUUGUAUUAUAUUAAUUUGGCGACAACCCUCCGUGUCCCCCCAGUCUAAGGCUGUUACGACGCACCGCUGUUGCAAUGGGUCGAUAAACGGUCGAGAGUCGGUGAGGUCGAUGAUGAAUCCUGCCGUUAAACCCCUCGGCCGAAGGGACCGGGAAGGCUCUGUGAAGCGUUGUGCAAGGCUUGUUAGUGGCAUCCUGGGGGCCUGCUCCCAGAGCAUCCUCGCCGAGAAACUACCCUUCUGCCUCUGCCACGGGUGUCGCCACGACCCUGAGAGCCAUUCCCAUCUCGCGCUCGUCGCGGGCUCAUCGCGUCAACCUGCUAGCUAUCACCCUUCCCGAGCAACCCUAACCGCUCCAGUCGUUCUAACCCACUGUCAGCAAUCCCCAGUCAUUCCGUCACCCCUGUAUCUCACCCCCACAAAGGCAGAAGGCGUCAACUUAAUGAUAAGAGUGUGAUGACAUUUUCUGCAUUUUCAAAAGUUGAACUCUUGUUGUCUUUUGCUAGUGUUUAUUUCCUUGGUGACGCACCAUAAUGAAGCAGUUUAACUAAAAUUCAAUUCUUGUCAAAAAAAAGCACAAGGUCUGUUUCUUGUUAUAAAGAAAGCUAUAAAAAUGCAGUGACCACAAUGGGCCCCACUGGAAGUAAUCUCGGCUUGAUUCCCAGCAGAGUGUAGCUUCUUAAUGAUAUACAGCCUGUGUGUUAAUCCAGUAUAUGACAAUCUUUGUUUUGGAGUUUAUCCAAAUCGGUUCAGUAGCAAUGAUGGGAUUGAGUUUUUGGCUGACACAGCCUCGAAUUCUGAGAAGAGCCAACAACUAGAGAUUUUUGAGCAGGGUAUGUUAAAUGUUAACCGCCUAGUUAAAUGUGGAGUGUGAAUUUUAGCCCCUUAAGUUUUUUUUUUUUUUUUUAAA